GUUUCUUUGCACGGGGAGAAUCUAACUGGUAGGGCUUUAAAGAAGAAGAAUACAAAUUAACCUUCCAUUACUGCUGCAGUCAACCAUGAGAGAAUGGGCCAGUUGCGUGUGUGGUGACGUCUCUGAGUCUUAUAGGUGCAAGGGCUGGUGAGAUAGCAGCUAUCGCCUUGAACUCUCUUUAUUUUAUUGGAGUAUGGCUGGUAAUAAACAGUAAUAUUUAAUUUGUCUGAGACCACAAAUCGGCUUCUAGCUGAAAGGCUCCUUCGCCUGGCUAUCCACAGAGUCCUAUAGUGCCUGGACUGGAGAUCCUUCCUCCAGUAUUUUUUUCCCUGCAACCUGCAGAAGGAAAUAAUUUCCAUUUAUUUGCGUCGUUUUCAACUCGUCUUCCAGAUUUUCGCCAGCUACUUUGAAACCCAAGAGUGGGAGAUUCAGCGAAGGAAGCUCGUAACAUGGCGGAUACCGAGGAAGGCUUUGGGCUUCCAAACACGCCAGUGGAUUCGGAGUCGAAAGAGCUUCAGUCUGAAACCAAGCAAGACAGUCAACUCGGGGCCAGCAGCAAGUCGCCUUCCUCUCCCCAAGCAGCUUUUACACAGCAGGGCAUGGAAGGGAUCAAGGUGUUUUUGCACGAGCGAGAACUAUGGCUAAAAUUUCACGAAGUGGGGACCGAAAUGAUUAUAACCAAAGCUGGAAGGCGUAUGUUCCCCAGUUACAAAGUGAAGGUCACUGGACUCAAUCCAAAAACUAAGUACAUACUGCUGAUGGAUAUUGUACCAGCUGAUGACCACAGAUACAAAUUCGCAGAUAAUAAAUGGUCAGUGACAGGGAAGGCAGAGCCUGCCAUGCCAGGCAGACUGUACGUCCACCCAGAUUCACCAGCCACCGGGGCUCACUGGAUGAGACAGUUGGUUUCUUUCCAAAAACUCAAGCUCACCAACAACCACCUUGACCCAUUCGGACAUAUCAUCCUGAACUCCAUGCACAAAUACCAGCCCCGGCUCCACAUCGUGAAGGCGGACGAGAACAACGGGUUCGGCUCCAAAAACACGGCCUUCUGCACCCACGUCUUCCCCGAGACCGCCUUCAUCGCCGUGACCUCCUACCAGAAUCACAAGAUCACCCAGCUAAAGAUUGAAAACAAUCCUUUUGCUAAAGGCUUUCGAGGCAGUGAUGAUAUGGAGCUGCACAGAAUGUCACGAAUGCAAAGCAAAGAGUAUCCUGUGGUUCCUAGGAGCACGGUGAGACAAAAAGUGUCCUCUAACCACAGCCCUUUUAGUGGUGAGACCAGAGUUCUUUCCACCUCCUCCAACCUCAGCUCCCAGUACCAGUGUGAGAAUGGGGUCUCCAGCACCUCCCAGGACCUGCUACCACCUGCCAACCCAUACCCCAUCUCCCAGGAGCACAGUCAGAUCUACCACUGUACCAAGAGAAAAGCAGAUGAGGAAUGUUCCACCACUGAGCAUCCAUACAAAAAACCCUACAUGGAAACCUCACCAGCAGAAGAGGAUCCCUUCUACAGGUCCAGUUACUCCCAACAGCAAGGACUGAAUACCUCAUACAGGACUGAAUCUGCCCAGCGCCAAGCUUGUAUGUAUGCCAGCUCCGCUCCCCCAACGGACCCCGUGCCCAGCCUAGAGGACAUCAGUUGUAACACAUGGCCCACCGUGCCAUCUUACAGCAGCUGCACAGUGACUGCCAUGCAGCCUAUGGACAGGUUACCAUACCAGCAUUUUUCUGCCCAUUUCACCUCUGGUCCUCUGAUGCCCCGUCUCACCGGUGUGGCCAAUCACACAUCACCACAAAUAGGGGACACACAUAGCAUGUUUCAGCACCAAACUUCUGUUUCUCACCAGCCCAUUGUCCGGCAGUGUGGACCUCAAACUGGCAUCCAGUCUCCCCCAAGCAGCUUACAGCCAGCAGAAUUCCUUUAUUCCCAUGGGGUGCCUAGAACCCUUUCACCCCACCAGUACCAUUCUGUUCAUGGGGUGGGCAUGGUGCCAGAGUGGAGUGAGAACAGCUAACAAGGAAAUAAGGGAAAUGCAAGAAAACAAGCCCUGAAAAAUUGAAAACCAACGUAUUAAAGCAAAAUGAAUAUUUUGCAAGACUCCUUUAACUGAAUGUUCACCAUUAGCACUCCAGAGAUGGACACUGAUCUGAUGAGCUGUUUGAAACCACGGAUUAAAUAGUAAUCAACCUCA